AUGCCCCAAUUCAUCUUCAUCGAGCUCCCCAGCUUCCGCGUCAGGGACAUGAGCGGCCACUCAGUCAAUCUGACACCCAAGCAACUCGGGCUGGCCAUCGCCUUGUACCACUACGUCCGUGGUGGCCUACCAACAGCCGAGUACACCGGCCUCACAGCCUCCCUACUCUUCGCGGGUGGAGAACCCGGUGUCUGGACGGCACCAAAUACACCAAACGGUCUCCACGCCGAAGAAAACCUGCUCCUCACCUACUUCCAGUCCUUCGACUUGCCCGGAGCGUAUCCCAUCGUCGACGCCAUGCUAUUCCGCCACAAGCCCUGCCACAGCUGCAUGGGCUACUUCCAGCAAAACGGGAAGCAGUGCAAACCAGGCAACGGUGUUGAGUCGUUCCGGGCGAAAUUCACGCCUAGGUCUGACAGACACUACACUCCGGUGUUCUACCUGGCGCGGAACUUGGAGCCGGCCCAGCGUGGGGACCUCUGGACGCAGUUGGGGCAGAUGUGGGCAGCUGAAUUUGGGGAGAGCAUAGCGUCGACCCCUGAUAUUCCCAGGGGGCAGAUGUACUACCUUUUCAAUGAUUCGCCAUGGUAUGCACUGAAUGAGCAGGAGAACAUGACGGAUACGGAGGUUGCCGAGGCGAUUGUGAGUCAGCAGGCUGUGGCUACGUAUUGGAUUGGGAGGUGA